AUGUCCCAAGUUCCCCCAGAGGUCCUCAUUCAUAUCCUCAAACACUUACACACUCCCAGAGAUCUCUAUCAUUCAUUAUUAGUUUCGCGCUCUUGGUGCGAAUGUUCCGUCGAGCUUCUGUGGCACCGCCCUGCCUUCACAAGACUUUCCACCCUCGUGAAAAUGAUGAGGGUACUUAGCCGAGGCGACCAGACUUUUACUUAUAGUCGAUUCAUUCGCCGUCUCAACUUCCUCUUCCUCGGUGCCGACCUUACCGACGCCUUGUUCUGCCGCUUAGCGCAGUGCGACCACCUGGAACGCUUGACACUCGUGAAUUGUAACUCUAUCUCCGAAGAUGCCCUUCUUCGCGUACUACCUUGCCUCCCAAACCUGGUCGCUAUUGAUCUCUCAGGAGUCAUUGAAACUUCUGAUCAAAUCAUCAUUGGCCUGGCAUCAGCCGCCAGGCGCCUACAAGGCAUCAAUCUCGCAGGAUGUAGACAGGUUACCGACGCUGGCGUGUAUGCCCUAGCUUCUAGCUGUCCCCUUCUCCGUCGCGUCAAACUCAGUGGCGUUGAUCAAGUCACGGACGGUCCUGUUUCAGCUCUUGCCAAGUCUUGCCCCCUCCUUUUGGAGAUUGACUUGAAUAAUUGCAAACGCAUUACAGACAUCUCUAUCCGCGACAUAUGGACCUACUCUACGCAUAUGCGUGAAAUGAGGUUGUCCCAGUGCGUCGAGCUCACCGAUGCCGCCUUCCCGGCGCCAGUCAAGCCUCAGGUGAUUCCACGGAAUAACCCUUUCCCAGCCGCCCCCCUGAGCCAGGAUGAUGGGCUUCCACCUUUGUUUAUCCCAAGGCCCUUAGACCAUCUUCGGAUGCUCGAUCUGACCGGCUGCGCCCUUAUCACGGAUGAUGCUGUAGACGGGAUAAUUUCCCAUGCCUCGAAAAUUCGGAACCUCGUUCUCUCAAAAUGCAUCCAAUUGACGGAUAGGACUGUAGAGAAUAUUUGUGUUCUCGGCAAGCAUCUGCACUAUUUGCAUCUCGGACAUGCAGCCAACAUCACGGACCGCUCGAUUAAAACACUUGCACGGUGCUGCACCCGCUUACGUUACGUUGACUUUGCAAACUGUGUUCUUCUCACUGACAUGUCCGUCUUCGAGCUCUCCAGCUUACCCAAGCUCAGAAGAAUUGGUCUUGUGCGCGUCAGCAAUCUGACAGACGAGGCAAUAUACGCUCUUGCUGAGCGAUACAGCACUCUAGAACGCAUUCAUCUUUCCUACUGUGAUCAAAUAUCGGUCAUGGCUGUUCACUUCCUACUGCAAAAGCUCCACAAGCUCACUCAUCUGAGCUUGACGGGUAUCCCUUCUUUCAGAAAACCCGAAUUGCAGCAGUUCUGUCGUCAACCUCCACAGGAGUUCAAUAUGAGCCAAAGAAUGGCCUUUUGUGUCUACUCGGGCAGCGGCGUUGCUAAACUGAGAAGCUUCUUGACGGACUUAUUCAAUACGAUCACGGAAGAUAUGAACGCUGACGAUGAUGAAACGGAGUACGACGACGACUUUGACGAAGGAUUUGUUGAAGGUGCUAUGGAUGCUGAUAUGGAGGGUGGAAUGGAUGGUGAUGUUGACGAAGAUUUCAUGCACGAUAGAAGAUAUAACUUCCACCAUACGCCUCAGCCAGCUUCCUCCACCCUCCGCAUGCACCAUCACCCAGAAAUCAUCACUCCUGUCUUGCAGCACCCCGAGCUUACAAUGCAGCGUGAUAUGACCUUGCGACCAGGACAUGUCUCCAUUGCGUCAUCUCCAGCCGUGUUCUCUGCUAACAGUCAAUCGGCGCCUGCACCAUAUGCUCUUAAUCCGCAACCCGUAGCGGAAGCGUCCAAUCCCGUUAUGAGACGUCCUCGCUUUGGUUACCAGCCCGUCAUUGAGAUUUCCACUUCCCCCCCUCAGAGCGACGUUGCAUCCAAUCGCAGUACUGGCACACAAUCGAAUGGAGCGGGGUUUUUCCGCACAUACCAAGAACCAUCAUCGUCUUCUGGUAGAAGUAAUGGCGCUUUAACGCCCGAUUACAACUUUGCAGAGAUAGGUCAUGGCCGGGGCGCAGAACAUGAUAAUAUCGACCACAUCGGUCCACCACCUCAUCAGUUGGCAAGACAUAGUUUUACGUCAACCGCGUCAUUUAAUGCCGCUGCAGGGCCUUCGGCCCAGGGCAUCACCCAAGUGAUGCACUCUGCGAAUUUUGAUUUUCGCCACGGGCAGAACCCCGAACGUCAUACUUUAAUGAUGGAACAAGCAAAGAUGACUAACAACUACUAUCCUACCCCUUCUACCGGAUCUUCCGACCGUCUCGUGCCAUGGCCACCCAUGCGCACUGAGCCCUUGUACGAUGUCCCGUCGCACAACAGCCAAGAGUUACAAGCAUCUGUUCAGGCUGCUCUCAGCCCUCCGUCAGACCCCCGUGACACUGAAGGAAGAGGAAGAAGUGUCAGGAGAAGCUUUCGAAACACCUUCCACGCUGCUGAGCAUUUUUUCUUCGGCCGCGGGUCGACUUCGAAUGGGCAGGUCCCUGAGUCAAGUGUCCCAAACCCUUGGGCCCCAGGAAAUGUAAAUAGCACCGGCGAUGCAGCUGGGAAUGGCGGUCAGCCUCGCUAA